AUGGAACAGAAGAAAGAAGAGAACAAAGAGUACUACGAAAGAAACAAAAGAACAAAGGAAGCUGGUACCAAAAAGGGUGACAUCGUCAUUUGCAAACAGAAGAACAAUAAGUUAACAUCAAAGUUUGACCCAGAACAUUAUACGGUAGUACAACGUAAGCACGACAUCAUCAUAACUAAAAGAGAUGGUAAGACGGUGACAAGAAACGUUUCACACUUUAAAAAGGUAGUAAUGGUGGAAAGCGAGGAGCAGCAGGAAGAUACAGCACCGGGAAGAUCGACGGAAACAGAGGAACCACAAAAGCAAGAACCAUGUGUAAGGAUAUCUACAAGAAUGUAUAGAUCGGUAAUAGGAUAUCAGUACCAGACUUGA